CGGGCCACGGAUUUUCCCGCUGGCUACGUGGGGAGCGGGGAGAAGUCCUGCCCUGAACUUCCUCCCGGGCUGGGCGUCUGGGGCCUGGACGGGGUGGGAAGGGGGAUGGGAGCCAGACUCCUAGAUGGGAAGGGGGGAGAGGCUGGGGGCUCGGACUUGGACUGGAGAGAGAGAAGGGGGCUGGGCGCCCGGACUUGGGGGUUCUGACGUAGGAGGGGCUGGAGGCCCGGUCUCCUGGAUCUGAGCAGAGAGGUGGUUUGGAGAUCCGGACCCCUAGAUCUGAGCAAGGAGGGGCCGGGGCCCGGGGCCCGGGGUCCCACCCGUCUGCGUUUCGGUGGAGGGUCGGCCCUUCCCCGCGCGAAGCUCCCUCUCCAGCCUCUUCGAGCGUCGCCCAAUCCCAAGCGUCCUGGCUCUCGGGGCCGAUGACUAAGCAGAUAGGAGAGGGGAGGGGGUCAGCCUGACUCAGGGCUGGGAAAUGCUCCCUGUCCCUAGGGAAUCGAAACUCCUCCGGGAUCGCGGCCGGGGCCGAACCAGACUCCGGGGACCCCGGGGUGUCUCCCCACCUCCCGUUUCCCCGCCGCCUCCGUCCUACUAGCGGCACAGGGAUCUGGAGCCCAGCCGGGAGGCGGGUACCGGACACCUCCCCUUUCCCCUCUUUCCCGUUGUCCCCGAGGCUGUGUUUACAGGCGACACAAGCCUUGGUUACAAGAGAGGAACCCGAGCGUCCGGGUCGAGCCUCCUCGUCACGGCUUCCAGGAAGCCCCCCUCCCCCGCCCCUUGCGAAUGAGUCACGGGCGAGCGGGAGGCUGCAACCGUGCCAAAGCCGCCCGCAGCCGCCCAGCUCACGGGACUGGCCGGGAAGGCCCCUCAGCCCCAGAAAGCGCCGCACCAGGGAUUCCCCCGAGCUCUGUCCGAUGAGGCAAGUCGGUGUGCCUGCCGACUCUUCCCACCUCAGUACGAGCCCGCGGUCGCAGCUUGCAAAAAUAAACUUUCCACCUUUAUAACUGCACUCUGUGGCAAUGAUUUCUACCCCCAGGUUUUCACUCAGGGCAGCCAGCUCACCAAGAUCCCCUUAAAAGUAAACUUUCUUCCCAGGUCUCUGUAACAGAGUGUCACUCAGGGCACCCCCUUGACAAUCACAGAUUUGCCAAACUGGGGCGUAAUCCCCGCAAAUUAAGAGUUCUCUCGAGGCACACCCCUUUACAAGACACCCCUGCAACCAUCGGUCGGGGGAUGACCCAUUUCUCCCGCCUCCAGACGACUUUCCAUCAAGGCAACCCUCCACCACAACAAAAGACCUCCCCCUUUCCAAUCUUGAGUUUUCUCAGAGGGCAAACUCUUAGUAAUAGGCACUAGGAGAGUAACUUGGCCUUUCUGUGCCUGAGUUUCCUGGUGCGUAAAAUGGGCAUAAUACGCCCUUGAGUCAAUCAAUGUAUGUAAAGCACUUUCAUAGAACAGUCGGAAGUGCCAUUCAUUAUCUGUGUGAGCAUGAGAGGCUCCCUUCCUGCCUCUCCAGGUAUCCCGGGCCCCACGCCCCCGGCGAGUCGGGGUAGGAGGAUGGCGAGCGAUCAAAGGUCUCCGGAUCUGGGCUGUUUGGGGGUGAGACCCAGCCAGGCGGGCAGGUCUCAGAAUUCCCCAUCCAGCCUGUUGGUCUCCUCUCGGUGUUGCUCCUACGGAUUUGUGUUUGUAGGUGUUUGUUUCUCCCUGUUUUUCUCCCUUUUUCUGUUUAUGUGGCCCUCCCUCUCGCUUCCCGCUUCGAGUUUGUCUUUCUGGAACUGUCUCUAACAUGUCUUUUCUGUCUCCCAACUUCUCUUCUCCCUGCCCUGUCUCACCCUCUGUGUCUGUGUCUCCCAGCGUGUGUCUCUCCCUCCACGUCUGUCUCUCUUUGGGUCUCUCCAUUUCUGUCUCUUUCUCUCCCUGCGUCUCUCCCCGCCCCCGUCCGCCUCUCCGGCGCACGCCCUCUUGGCCUCAGCCCGUGUCAAUUCCCCCGGGAGCCCUGCCCCCACCACGGCGCAGUUCGAUUCUCCACGCCUCCGUCUCCAGCCUUGAAAACUGGGCCGACACCACCCCCACCCCCCCCUCCCAACCCUGGGCACUCCCCGCUGGGUCGGGGCCGCCCGCGGGCCGGGCUCUGGUCCGUCUUGGCCGGGGGCCGGGGGCCCAGAGGGCCUUGCUGGGGGCGCGCGUCCGGGAAGCGCCCCUCCUGGCCCCACCCACCGGGGCCCGCCCCACUGGCCCCGCCUCCACCGCCUCUAUAAAAACCCCGGCUCCGCCAUCCAACCGCAGCCUGACUUCAGCGCUCCCACUUUUGGCCGACUCCGCAGCCCAUCGGCGUUUCGCGCCGCCAUGGAUCUCGCCGCCAUCUACGAGAGCCUCCUGUCGCUGAGCCCUGACCUACCAUCUGACCACGGAGAGACCGAGUCCAGCCCGGGCUGGGCCUCCUCCGGGCUCUGGAGCCUCAGCUCAUCGGACAGCAGCCUGGCUGGGGUGGGUGCCCGCCUGCCUGGCCGCUCCACCAGCCUGGUGGAGGGUCGAAGCUGUGGCUGGGUGCCGCCACCCCCAGGCUUCGCCCCCCUGGCUCCCCGCCCAGGCCCUGAGCUGUCGCCCUCACCCACCUCACCUACUGCAACCCCCACCACCUCAUCCCGGUACAAGACUGAGCUAUGUCGGACCUUCUCAGAGAGUGGGCGCUGCCGCUAUGGGGCCAAGUGCCAGUUUGCCCACGGUCUGGGCGAGCUGCGCCAGGCCAGCCGCCACCCCAAGUACAAGACCGAACUCUGCCACAAGUUCUACCUCCAGGGCCGCUGCCCCUACGGCUCACGCUGCCACUUCAUCCACAACCCCAGCGAAGAUCUGGCCGCCCCAGGCCACCCCCAUGUGCUGCGCCAGAGCAUCAGCUUCUCGGGCCUGCCCUCCGGCCGCAGAACAUCACCACCACCAGCAGGCCUGGCAGGCCCUUCCCUGUCCUCCUGCUCCUUCUCUCCCUCCAGCUCCCCACCACCACCACCUGGGGACCUUCCACUUUCACCCUCUGCCUUCUCUGCCGCCCCUGGGACCCCGGUGGCCCGAAGGGACCCCACUCUGGCCUGUUGCCCCUCCUGCCGAAAGGCCACCCCCAGUAGCGUCUGGGGGCCCUUAGGUGGCCUCGCUCGGAGCCCCUCUGCACACUCGCUGGGAUCUGACCCUGACGAAUACGCCAGCAGUGGCAGCAGCCUGGGGGGCUCCGACUCCCCUGUCUUCGAGGCUGGGGUUUUUGGGCCACCGCAGCCGCCUGCAGCCCCCCGGCGACUCCCCAUCUUCAACCGCAUCUCCGUUUCUGAGUGACAAGUGCCCACCCAGUACAGACCAGCUGGAUCUCAAGGGGGCCAUUUCUCUUUUGCCGCGGGCUCCACAGGGGCCCCGGGGGCUGUGGGAAACUGCGGGACUCAAUCAAGUAGCCUCCCCGCACUUUCCAAAGUGCAUUAACCCACUCCCCUGACCCCACGCUGGGGCAGGUCCCCAGUGUACAAGCUCGGUGUUGGUGGUGUUGGGGGAAGGAGAGUUUUCCGGGGUCUUGUAAAAAAAAAAAAUGUAGCAGAUUUGAGGAAGGCAGUGAGCCCUCUACCCACCCCUCCCUUUCCCAAUGCUGUGAAUAAUAGGCUCCCACUGCCCCCUUCCAAUUUCUCCUAGACCCUGAAGUUCCAGUGUCUGGUGGUGAUUGGAGCGUCCCCCUGAGGGGGAAUCCUGGUGCUCAAAUUUCCCUCCAAAAGCAAGUAGCCAAAGCCAUUGCCAAACACCACCCCCCCACACACCCCCAGCCAUUGGGCCCCUUAUUUAUGACGACUUUAUUUAUUCUAAUAGAUUUUAUAGUAUUUAUAUAUAUCGGGUCGUCUGCUUCCCUUGUAUUUUUCUUCCUCCUUUUUGUAAUAUUGGAAACGAUGGAAUAAUUAUUAAGUAUACUAUAAUAUAUUAAGUAAUAUAUUAUUAAAAGUUUAUUUUUGUGUUUUUUGGAAUUUUUAAAUAAAAGGAAUCUGCGUGUAA